AUGUCAGAUCAGAGAAACUGUGCCAUGAUGCGGCUCUAUUGCAACGUGGGGAUCGGUUUUCACAUUCAGGUGUUACCAGAUGGCAGAAUAACGGGAGUACACAACGAACAUCGUUACAGUCUCCUGCAGAUCUCUCCGGUGGAGAGAGGAGUGGUGACCUUGCUGGGCAUUCGCAGCGGACUUUUUGUGGCCAUGAACCGACGAGGAAAGCUGUACGGAUCUUCACAUUACAACAAUGAGUGUAAGUUCAGAGAGACGCUCCUUGCCAACAACUACAAUGCUUACGAGUCAGUUGCCUACCCGAGGAUGUUCAUCGGCCUGAGUAAGAACGGCAGAACAAAACGAGGAAACAGAGUGUCACCCGCCAUGACGGUGACACAUUUCUUGCCAAGGAUCCACUGGCCUCAUAAAUAGACUUCACCUCGAUUUUGAGAUUCGGGAAGAACUCCAACAUGAGAUGCACUUUCACUCCAAGUUUUAUGCAAGUGUAUCAUAUUUGAUUUCCUGCUAUGUAUAUAUUCAUUUUUUAUAUAUC